AUGGAGCAAAAGGAGUCAAAUCACCAAGUUCCCAAGUCUAGAGCACCAAAAUCUACAUUUCUCGCUAAAGACCAAACCGGAGCAUCCGAAGUACGGCCGCAUAUUCAUGCCUUCCCGACGUCCAAAAUCAUGAUUCUUAUAUGGAAAGAUAGAUAUUUGAGUCGUGACCCACGGCGAAGUGGAAAGAGGUCAUUUGGAUCAUUCAUUUGGCCGGAACUUAUUUUCUACCAAGACAUAUCCGGCAAACGCCCAAGUAGAGCUCGUGGAGACUUUGACGUAUCUAUAGGCCCAAGCCACCGCGCCAAAGGCCUUAGCUCGUCUUAA